ACUCUACAAAUUUCUUUGGUACUUCUGUGUGAUUCUCUAUCAAACGUAAGCGGCGCGCAAAGAAUCAUUUUUCUUCAUAACCUCGUAAGAACUACACGUUUUUUCCAUUUUUAUUGAUAAAAACCUUAUAAAACAAACUUCCUAAAAUGUGAACCAAAACACCACGCUUAUUUCCCAUUUAAAAAAAAUCAUUGAUUUUUUUGUGUACCGCAAAAAUACCGGGACGCCAUAAUGCCAUGUGGAUGACGCCAUAACAAGUAUCAUCUGGCAUUUUCCUGAUUAUCCAAUUUUAUAUCCUUGAAUAAUCGUCAUCACAACUAGAGGAUAAAAUGUUCCUCUAUAAUUUAACAUUACAACGUGCCACCGCGAUAACCCAUGCGAUACACGGCAAUUUUUCCGGGACGAAAACCCAAGAGAUCAUAAUUUCAAGGGGUAAAAGCAUAGAAUUGCUUCGUCCCGAUGUAAAUACAGGAAAAGUACACACUUUAUUAACAGUUGAAAUUUUCGGUAUAAUCCGAUCGUUAAUUGCGUUCAGAUUAACGGGAGGUACCAAAGAUUACAUUGUCGUUGGUUCCGAUUCCGGGCGUAUUGUUAUCUUGGAAUACAUCCCAUUAAAAAAUUGUUUUGAAAAGAUUCAUCAAGAAACGUUUGGUAAAUCAGGAUGCAGACGAAUCGUUCCCGGUCAAUAUUUAGCGAUCGAUCCGAAAGGACGUGCUGUUAUGAUCGGGGCCAUAGAAAAACAAAAAUUGGUUUAUAUCUUAAAUCGAGAUGCAGAGGCUCGAUUAACAAUUUCAUCUCCGUUAGAAGCCCAUAAAAGUAACACUUUGGUUUAUCACAUGGUUGGGAUUGAUGUAGGUUACGAAAAUCCGAUGUUUGCAUGUUUAGAAAUCGAUUAUGAAGAAGCCGAUUCUGAUCCAACAGGCGAAGCGGCACAAAAAACUCAACAAACAUUAACGUUUUACGAAUUAGAUUUGGGUCUUAAUCACGUUGUGAGAAAAUAUUCUGAGCCGCUAGAAGAACAUGCGAAUUUCUUAGUUUCUGUCCCCGGUGGAAACGAUGGCCCUUCCGGGGUACUUAUUUGUUCUGAAAAUUAUUUAACCUACAAAAAUUUGGGGGAUCAACCCGAUAUUCGAUGUCCCAUCCCAAGAAGAAGAAACGAUCUUGAUGACCCCGAAAGGGGGAUGAUUUUUGUUUGCUCAGCUACGCAUAAAACAAAAUCGAUGUUUUUCUUUCUUGCUCAAACGGAACAAGGGGAUAUUUUUAAAAUUACUUUGGAAGUUGAUGAUGAUAUGGUUACAGAAAUUAAAUUGAAAUAUUUCGAUACCGUUCCUGUUGCUACAUCAAUGUGUGUUAUGAAAACUGGAUUUUUAUUUGUCGCUUGUGAAUUUGGUAACCAUUACCUUUAUCAAAUUGCCCAUUUGGGAGAUGAUGAUGACGAAUUAGAAUUCAGCUCAGCAAUGCCUCUUGAAGAAGGUGACACAUUCUUCUUUGCACCCCGCCCAUUAAGAAAUUUGGUCUUGGUAGAUGAAUUGGAAUCGCUUUCCCCGAUUUUAUCAUGUAGAGUAGCUGAUUUAGCUGGAGAAGAUACUCCUCAAUUAUAUAUGUUAUGUGGUAGAGGCCCAAGAUCUUCGUUACGCGUUCUUCGGCAUGGCUUAGAAGUUUCUGAAAUGGCCGUUUCCGAACUUCCUGGAAAUCCCAAUGCUGUGUGGACCGUGAAAAGAAGAAGUGAUGACAAAUAUGAUGCCUACAUCAUUGUGUCUUUUGUCAAUGCUACCUUGGUUUUAUCGAUUGGAGAAACUGUUGAAGAAGUCACUGAUAGUGGGUUUUUGGGAACAACCCCAACACUCUCUUGUUCGUCUUUAGCAGAUCAUGCUUUAGUUCAGGUGUAUCCAGAUGGUAUAAGACAUAUUUGCGCCAAUAAACACGUUAAUGAAUGGAAAGCUCCUGGUAAAAAGACUAUUGUGAAAUGCGCAGUUAAUCAGCGUCAAGUUGUCAUUGCCUUAAGUGGUGGGGAGUUGGUUUAUUUUGAGAUGGACCCAACUGGACAACUUCAAGAAUACAAAGAACGCAAACGAAUGAACACCGACGUAGUUUGUAUGGCAUUGGCGAAUGUAGCUCCUGGAGAAUUACGUUCAUGGUUUUUAGCGGUUGGUUUAGCUGAUAACACCGUAAAAAUAAUUUCGUUAGAUCCAAGUGAUUGUUUAUCACAAAGAUCAAUGCAAGCUUUACCAGUUUGUCCAGAAUCUCUUUGUAUAGUACAAAUGGGUUGUACAGAAAACGAUCCGAAAGAUGCAGCUGCUGCAAGUACAGCAAGUUCUUUAUACUUAAACAUUGGGCUUCAAAAUGGGGCUUUAUUACGAACCGUUCUCGAUCCUGUAACGGGAAAUUUAACAGAUACGCGUACAAGAUAUUUGGGUUCAAGACCGGUUAAAUUGUUUCGAAUAAGAAUGCAAAAAUCUGAAGCUGUUUUGGCGAUGAGUUCGCGAUCUUGGUUGAGUUAUUAUUAUCAAAGUCGAUUUUAUUUAACUCCGUUAUCUUAUGAAAGUUUGGAGUACGCGUCUGGAUUUAGUUCUGAACAAUGUCCUGAAGGAAUUGUGGCGAUAUCAACAAACACUUUAAGAAUUUUGGCUUUAGAAAAACUUGGAGCUGUUUUCAAUCAGAUUUCGUUUCCGUUGGAAUAUACCCCAAGGAAAUUUGUUAUCCAUCCAGAAACUUCUACCUUAAUUAUGUUGGAAACUGAACAUAACGCAUACACUGAAGAAACUAAAAAACAAAGGCGAUUGCAGAUGGCCGAAGAAAUGAAAGAAGCUGCUGGAGAAGAGGAACAAGAGUUAGCCAAAGAAAUGGCUGAAGCGUUUUUGAAUGAAGAUUUACCUGAGAAUGUUUUUUCAGCGCCUAAAGCUGGGCAUGGAAUGUGGGCGUCUGUGUUAAGGAUUAUGGAUCCUGUACAAGGAACUUUAUACAAAAUGUUAAGAUUAGAACAAAACGAAGCCGCAAUGUGUUUAACCCUAAUUAAAUUCCACGGUCAACCAGAACAUCAAUGGUUUUUAGUUGUGGGAGUCGCAAGAGAUUUUCAAUUAAAUCCGAGACAAUGCAACAGUGGUUUUUUGAACACUUACAAAGUGGAUAUGAAUUGCAGAGAAUUAGAUUUGGUCCAUAAAACGCCUCUUGAUGAAGUUCCAUACGCUUUGUGUUCGUAUAAUGGGCGAUUAUUAGCUGGGGUUGGGAAAAUAUUGAGAAUGUAUGAUCUGGGGAAAAUGAAGUUAUUACGAAAAUGUGAAAAUAAGCACAUCCCCAAUUUAAUAAUCGAUAUCCAAGCGAUGGGAAAACGCAUUUACGUUUCCGACGUCCAAGAAUCAAUCUACAUGAUUCGCUACAAACGUGCUGAAAAUCAACUGAUUAUUUUUGCUGAUGAUACUCACCCAAGAUGGAUUACAUGCACCUCCGUUUUAGAUUAUGACACAGUCGCGUGCGCUGAUAAAUUUGGAAACAUAUCAAUAGUGAGAUUACCUCCAAAUAGUAGUGAUGAUGUGGAUGAAGACCCCACAGGAAAUAAAGCACUUUGGGAUCGUGGAUUACUAAAUGGGGCGUCACAAAAAGCCGAUAAUGUUGCUACUUUUCAUGUUGGAGAGACGGUGACGUGGUUACAAAAAGCUACCUUGAUUCCUGGAGGGUGGGAAUCAUUGAUUUAUACAACCGUUUCUGGUACGGUUGGUGUUUUGGUGCCGUUUACUUCACAUGAGGAUCACGAUUUUUUCCAACAUUUGGAAAUGCAUAUGAGGAGUGAAAAUCCACCGCUUUGCGGGCGGGAUCAUUUAUCAUUUAGAAGUUAUUAUUUCCCUGUUAAGAACGUUAUUGAUGGAGACCUCUGCGAACAGUACAACUCAUUAGAUCCUAAUAAACAAAAAAGUAUUGCUCAAGAUCUUGAAAGGACCCCAGCGGAAGUUUCAAAGAAACUUGAAGACAUCAGAACGAGAUAUGCAUUCUAAUUUUUUAAAACUAAGUCU